GCCUUGAAACGAAAUUUGCGUAGUAAGUUACGGCGAACUAAGAAGGUGAAGCUUGGAAAACAGACCAACCCGUCAAUGGAUAAUGAAAUCACCCCCAGCACCAACGAUGAUAUCAAUCAUAAUGAUUGUGAAGGCGAUGAUAGUGACAAACAAAAAGAAAUAUUUUAUAACCCUCAAAAGCAUAAAACUCAAGGAGAGACGCGCCUGUCUACAAAGGAUCAAUCACGCGAAUAUAUACGCUCCUUUUGGGUAUCUGAAGAUUUUUUGGCCGAAGAUCUUAAAUCAAUUAAUAAAUCUCAAAUGACUAAUGUUAUAAGCCCCAAUUUACAUUUAUAG